GUGUACAGAAGCAAAUCUUAUGAAAAGGCAAGGCAGAUAACUGCCCUGGGCCCUGAGCAUGCUGUUGUGUGUGUGUGUGUGUGUGUGUGUGAGACUGUCUAACUGGCUGAAUGAUUGACUAAGUGAGUAAGGGCGCGGUCACACAUACGCAAAAUUAACAUUGGCGAAUAUUCACCUCCCAUUCACUUCCAUUCUAUGCGAGCGACGGUGCGAAUAAAACAUUCGCUUCCGGUGGCGAAGAAAAUGAGCAUCUUCAGUUCGCGUGGAGUUCAACUUCGGUGAACUUUGGCCGGCAAAUUCGCAGCCUCAACCAAUAGCAAAGACGUGUGUGUGGUUGACCCCACUUGGCUGCGAUUGGCUGUAGUUUUCUUAGUGAGCCAGGAUGGAAGAGACUUUGAUUGUUGCUGUGUCUAACCAGCCAGUAUUGUACGAUCUUCAGUAUACAUUUUCCCGUCGCAAAACCAACAACCGCUCGAGAUAUCACAGCCGCUCAUGUGUAACCCACAGCCACAACCACUCAAACAAGUAAAUACAAACCAGCAAACUGAUUUCCAUGUGCAUCACAUCCUGCACUGCCCACAUUCAGCACGACAAGAUACGAAUUUCGCCUCUGCAGGCGAUGGUCAUUCGCUUGCAGUCGCACAUGUGUGACCGUGCCCUAACGUGUGUUGUUAUGGCUUUGACAUGUCACUAGUGGUGCCAUGAACUGCACACACAUCCCCAUCAAGGCACCCUCAUGAGCAGAUUUUAACAGAAAGCUUGUUUCAAUGGCCAUGGGAUUUGAACUGAGAAAUUCAAGUAGCUGAUAAUUACAAGUCCUUUUUAAUGAAUUCUUCAUUACUAGAAAAUUUCUUUUACUUUCUUAUGCCAUUCCGUAAUUAAUUUCUGCUUCUUGGCACUGAAAAAAUCUGCAUGCCCUGUGGGUGCCAGUGCUAAAAAUCAUUGGCUCAGCGUGCUACAGAUCCCCUUUUUGUAUCCAAAUGAGAAUGCAAUAAUAUGUUCUUAGAUGAGUGAUGUGUCUGGCCCAGGCUAACAAGAUCAUUAAAGCACAGAUAUGCAUUGGAAGAAACGACAAUCCUGGAUAGCUAGUUGAAUGCGGUAGACGUCAUCUUAACCUGAAUUACUUAAACGACAUAUGAGGAAUGGGGCCUUGGCUAUCUAAUCAUGUUUGUUUACCUACAUAUGAUUGGCUACACAGUCUCUUGCUUUCCUUAUCCACUUUAAUUCCUUUUGCAAAUGAGAUGCGUCUGGUUGACCUACCUGAUUAAAGGUAGGACUAUAGAAGGAGUAUUCAAGAAAUUGCUUUCGGAAUUGUACAUAUUACCUGUUUCACAAGUUUUAUGUUCUGUAUGGUUAUUUUUUUGUUCCAUUUCUUUAAAGAAUGUAAUCCAGAGAGUCUAGCGUUUAUGUUUUGUAAGUUAAAUAUAUCAGUUUUUAAAUUCACCUUUGGAACUCACAUGGUGCGUGUCCAGGAAGAAACGAAAAAAAAUUAACUACACCUCCCAGUAUCCUCUGUGAAAUUACUGCCCUUUGCUCCCGAUCACGACGCCGUCACCAUGGCAAACCAAUAUGGCGGGUUCUGGAAAAAGUGCAAUCCUGUCCUCGGCACCACUACAGGUCCUGCUUCAUCUGAAUGGCUGGUACUUUGCUGCCUUCUUUGUCGCUGAGAUUCUUAUGUUUGUUUACAAAGGUGUCUUGCUGCCAUAUCCCAGAGCUAAUCUUAUUCUUGACAUAGUGCUACUCUUUCUCUACCUUGGCCUUGAAGUCCUCAGGCUCUUUUAUGGUUGGAAAGGGAACCUGUGUGAGCGCUCUCUGGCCCUGAUGCUAAGCGUGGCAGUGCUGGUGCCUUGCGCAGUGCUCUGCGUGUAUUACCUGCUCCUGCAAACCUUUGUCCUGCGCCUGGAGCUGGUGCUCAACGCCAUACAGCUCUGCUUCUACAGCCUGGAGCUGCUCCUGAGCCUCAUUACCAUUUCCGCUUUCUCAAGGGCAAAUGUGUAUUAAUGUGGCUGUGGUCCCAAUGAGGCAGUGGUGAUGUCCAGUGUGUUUCUGAAAAGACGGGUAAAGAAAGAGAACCACACAGAGGCUGCUGUGUACAGGAAUUCCUUUGUUAGUGUAUAGUUCACUUUUGGAUGCAUUACACAAGCUAACUUUUUAAUUUAGCUAUCAAAGUUUGAAUAGAUUUUUCUUUUUUAAUGUAUAUAAUUGUAUAUAAGUAUUUCAUAUGGAUUGUUUUGUUAAUCUGCCGAGAAAUAAUGUAAUGUAAAAAUAUAUUGGUAACUGUACAUAAUUAAUUUGUGUUUACAGAAGCCCUAGGUAUUAUGAAUCUUUUUAUAUAGUAACUUCUUGAAAGUACCAUACAACAUUGCUUUGCUAACAUUACAAUGCAUGUUAUCAAGUUAUUACUGAAAAAUCAGCCAAAAAUAUUGCUUAGAAUAAAUAUAUAUUUGUAAUGUUA